GGAUGACACACAGAAACCUCCGCAGGACAAGGGGAAGGCGGGCAGUGGAUCACAAUAAACGAAAAUAUACCGGCCCCGGCGAGAGCGCUUGCAGUUAUUCCUUCAUUUCAACCAACGGUUUUGUAGCAGACACUGAUUUAAUAGCCUAGCCCACAUCACAAUUAAUCAUGCCUGAUCAUCUUGGGGGUGAUAUGCGCAAGGUGAAAGAUGUAACAGAAGAGGAAGAAAAGGAAUUUAAAACAUUGGAUGAAGGUGACAUUGCCCUGCUCAAGUCAUAUGGCCAAGGCCAGUACAGCAAGUCCAUAAAGACAAUUGAGGGGGACAUCACUGACAUCAGCAAGCGGGUCAAUGAGCUGACCGGCAUCAAGGAGUCAGACACAGGUCUGGCAGCGCCUGCCCUCUGGGACCUGGCCGCUGACAAGCAGACCCUCCAGAGUGAGCAGCCACUUCAGGUGGCUCGCUGCACCAAGAUCAUCAACGCCGACAGCGACGAGCCGCGCUACAUCAUCAACGUCAAGCAGUUCGCCAAGUUCGUGGUGGACCUGGCCGACUCGGUGGCGCCCACCGACAUCGAGGAGGGCAUGCGGGUGGGGGUGGACCGCAACAAGUACCAGAUCCACAUCCCGCUGCCGCCCAAGAUCGACCCGACCGUGACCAUGAUGCAGGUGGAGGAGAAGCCGGACGUGACGUACAGCGACGUGGGCGGCUGCAAGGAGCAGAUCGACAAGCUGCGGGAGGUGGUGGAGACGCCGCUGCUGCAUCCGGAGCGGUUCGUCAACCUGGGCAUCGAGCCGCCCAAGGGCGUGCUGCUGUUCGGACCGCCCGGCACCGGCAAGACGCUGUGCGCGCGCGCCGUGGCCAACCGCACCGACGCCUGCUUCAUCCGCGUCAUCGGCUCCGAGCUCGUGCAGAAAUACGUCGGCGAGGGUGCUCGGAUGGUGCGCGAGCUAUUCGAGAUGGCGCGCACCAAGAAGGCCUGCUUGAUCUUCUUCGAUGAGAUUGACGCCAUCGGCGGUGCGCGGUUCGACGACGGCGCCGGUGGCGACAAUGAAGUGCAGCGGACCAUGCUCGAACUAAUCAACCAGCUGGACGGCUUCGAUCCGCGUGGUAACAUCAAGGUGCUGAUGGCCACUAACCGGCCGGACACGCUUGACCCGGCGCUGAUGCGGCCGGGCCGGCUGGACCGCAAGGUCGAGUUCGGCCUGCCCGACCUCGAGGGCCGCACGCACAUCUUCAAGAUCCACGCCCGCUCCAUGUCCGUGGAGAAGGACAUCCGAUACGAACUGCUGGCUCGGCUCUGCCCCAACAGCACAGGCGCCGAGAUCCGCUCCGUCUGCACCGAGGCCGGCAUGUUCGCCAUCAGGGCGCGCAGGAAGGUGGCCAGCGAGAAGGACUUCCUCGACGCCGUCAACAAGGUCAUCAAGUCGUACGCCAAGUUCAGCGCCACCCCCAAGUACAUGACGUACAACUAGGCCGGAGGACGGUGGUGGCCGUGUUUUAUGUAACUAUUGCACCCGCUCCCCUCUCAUUGAAAAGGUAAUACAUGUGUUCCGAGAGUCGA